UCCCCCAGCACAGAAGCCUUGUCCAUUGAUCCCUGUUAUAUCCUGAGCAGCUCUUGAUCUCCUUCCUGUAAUCUGCGCGUCGUUGUGCUAAAUAUCUCACCAGAUAAUCUUCGUGAAAUGGCUGGCACUCUGCGCGGCCUGCUCCUGGCCAUCCUCGUCGUCGCCGCCGGAGUGCCGGCGUCCGCCAAGGACUACACGGUGGGCGACUCGUCCGGGUGGAAGCCCGGGGUGGACUACGCUGCCUGGGCCAAGGGCAAGCAGUUCAGCGUCGGCGACACUCUCUCGUUCCAGUACGGCGCGGCGCACUCGGUGCUGGAGGUGAGCGCGGCGGACCACGGCGCGUGCUCGGCGAGCAACCCGCUGCGGUCGCACCGGGACCAGAGCACCACCAUCCCGCUCACCAAGCCGGGCACCCGCUACUUCAUCUGCGGCGCCGCGGGCCACUGCGCCGCGGGCAUGAAGCUCGCCGUCACCGUCUCCGGCGGCGACGCCGGCCCCACCAUGCGGUCGACGAACGCGACGCCCGCGGCCGCCUCGACGGGGGCCGCGACCGAGUCGGACUCGAGCGCGAGCGGUGCGGCUGCUGCCAGCGGGGCCCGCCUAGCGAUCGGCCUGCUUCUCGGGGCCGUGGGCCUCGCUGCUGCCCUGAGGGGCUGAAUUGGAGGCCUCCUGUUUGCUUCCGGAUCUAUGCGUCGCCGUAGUCCCGUCCCCUGAGGGCCCGCCCGACGGCCCGAGGCGAGCUGAACAUGUGUAAUCUGCUCGGCACUACGCCACUACCUUAGGCCGAAGUGUCCGGAUGUGCGCGCGCGCGUGUUACUCAGUAAAGUUGUGAUUUUUUAGCUACUCGUGGUACGGUUCUUAUCGUUGAUCACUAAAAAUAAACCUUUAUCCUUG